GUUCCACAAGUCUAUGUCUUGAUUCUGAUACACAAAUCUCUAUCAUAAAAAACCAUGUCUAAUUCCCUGCAAGAACUACACAAAAUCAUGGAACAAGGUGAUUUUUCUACAUGGAUGUUGGACAUGGACUACCCCAUCAUCUCAAUCAUGGAGAGCUUCCAAAAAGAAAAGCAGAUCAUGGUGGAUCCACUUUCCUUGAAAGAUUCUCAUUCUCCUACCAAACAUCUCAUGCUUCCAACUGUAAUCACAAAUUCUGGAACCGCCGCCACCCUUUUCCACCCUCCACCACUUCAACCUCCAACGGAAAGAUUUUUAAGCCUGAGUCUUCCAAAUUCAGCAAACUCAUCCCCGCGGUUCGGUUCGGCUCUUUCCAAGAAGAAAUCAAAAAGUGGGAGUCCUGAACCAAAAUGUGAAGCUAGUAAGUUUGAUAACAAGCUUCAGGAUCUGCUUCAUGAAGUCCAUUUAGGUAAGAGCAAGUCAUGUGGUGAAGCAAGAUCAUUGACACCCUUUGAAGAAUUUGUAUCAUUUGAUCACUGGUUGUCAAAAACAAGUGCAGUGGAGCAAGUUAAAUUGCACCAUGAUGGCAAAAUCUCCAAAACUGAAGCUGUUAAAGAAAGUCCAAAGAGUAAUAAGAGCAUUAAGCACAUGAAAACACCAGAGAAUGAUGGAUUGAAAUGCAGUGCUCUUUGCCUCUAUCUACCAGGCUUUGGUGGUAGUAAAGUGAAGCCAGUUAAAACAAGAAAGGAAGGGUCAAAAAGGGAAGCUGUGAUGUCUAGGACAGUUUCCUUGGAGAAUUUUGAAUGUGGUUCUUGGGCUUCUGCAGCAAUGUUCCAUGAGAUUGAAGGAGACUCGGUUAAUAAUUACUACUUUGAUCUGCCAAUUGAACUGAUGAAACACAACAGUGCCAGUGAAGAAUGUUCUCCUGUUAAAGGGGUCCUGAAGAAUAGUUCUUCAAGAGGCAGUGCUAGAAAAUCAGACACAUCAUCGCCUCGCCACCACGUUCGGUUUACUACAUCAUCUUCUUCUGGAUCAUACCCUGCCUCUCCAGCAUCUUGCAUCACUCCUCGUUUGCGAAAAGCGAGGGAUGAUUUUAAUUCCUUUUUAGCAGCAGCACAAAGUGCAUGAGAGUGAUGGAGAUUGAACCUAUGGAAAUAUGUUGAAUUUAGACUUAAUAUGUAUUCAAAAACUUCAUUUGUAGCUGGUUAUGUUACCUUAGUAUUCACCUGCCUGCAUAAUGUUUUGCAAGAGCUAGUCUAUUUACCAUGUUUAAACUG